CGCCCUGCGCUCUCACAUACACGUCUCUGAGCAGAGGGCGAGACAGGAGGCAUCAGGAAGCAGCUCCGUCCUCGGCUCACUUUCCCACUGAGCCACCCCAGCCCAAGGUCGGCAACACCCCCCCCCCCACCCACCCCCGCCCCUCCCUCUCCCCUCUGCCCGGCUGAGAGUGCAGCGCCUCUCCCUGCCCCACAGAAGCAGCGAGCGAUGUCUGAAGCCAGCUCGUCCCCCAAACCUCGCUGCCUGGCCGCCGCUGCCCCAGCCGGAGCCAAGCUCACCCACCCCGGCAAGGCGAUCCUGGCAGGUGGGAUUGCAGGGGGCAUCGAGAUCUGCAUCACCUUCCCCACGGAGUACGUGAAGACUCAGCUGCAGCUGGACGAGAAGGCAAACCCGCCCCGGUACAACGGCAUCGGUGACUGUGUGAAGCAGACGGUCCAGGGACAUGGGGUGAAGGGGCUGUACCGGGGCCUCAGCUCGCUGCUGUACGGCUCCAUACCAAAGGCAGCGGUCAGGUUUGGGACGUUUGAGUUCCUGAGUAACCAGCUGCGGGAUCACCAGGGGAAGCUGAGCAACCGACAGAGCCUGGUGUGCGGUCUGGGCGCGGGAGUGUUCGAGGCGGUCUUGGUCGUGUGUCCGAUGGAGACCGUCAAGGUGAAGUUUAUUCACGACCAGUGCUCUGCAAAGCCAAAGUACCGGGGAUUUUUCCAUGGGGUCCGGGAGAUAGUCCGUGAGCAAGGGCUGAAAGGGACAUAUCAGGGGCUGACUGCAACGGUCCUGAAACAGGGCUCGAACCAGGCCAUCCGAUUCUUCGUCAUGACUUCACUGAAGAACUGGUACAAAGGAGACAACCCAGCCAAGGAGUUAAACCCUCUAAUCACAGGCCUGUUCGGAGCUACAGCAGGGGCUGCCAGUGUGUUUGGUAACACACCCCUGGAUGUGAUAAAGACCAGGAUGCAGGGCUUGGAAUCGCACAAGUACAAGAAUACCUGGGACUGUGCCUUCAAGAUAAUGAAGCAUGAAGGUCCCCUAGCGUUUUACAAAGGAACAGUUCCACGCCUGGGUCGAGUAUGUUUGGACGUUGCCAUUGUUUUCAUCAUCUACGAGGAGGUGGUGAAGGUACUGAACAAGAUAUGGAAGACGGACUGAAAUCGCCAGGGCCCCGUUGAGGGGUGGGGAGGGGGGUGGUGGGAACGGUGAGGUGUGCGGCCAUGAGAAGAAUGGGCAGGUCUCACCAACAAGAGAAACCGUGUAAAAGUUUAGAACUAGCCAAUGAUGCCAGUAUGUUUCCCUUCGUGUUGUCCAGUGAUAUAAUAUUUAGACUGUGAGAAAAUCAUGUUGGGUGAUUGAGAAAAAAUUAAUUUAUCAAUAUUGCUGGGUGUCCCAUGGACGGGUGAUGCAUUCCCUCUCAAUAGAUGGUACACCCAUUUUUAUGUAUUUGUGUGCCAAAGGGACGAAUCUUUUUAAUGUCCUUUUUAUUAUUUUGAGGUGUGGGACAGGGAGGGGAGGUCAUAAUUAAUUGCUUUCCAUGUCACCACCAGUGCCUACGGAUUGGGGUAAAGGAAUUGACUCCUGGGUUACCAAGGUGUGGGAAUUGGGGGAGUGGGUCAUGUGACUGGAUGCUGUGAAUUGUCCCAAAGAUGAGGAAACUUGGUGAGACGCAGUGGGAUCACAGCUCGGCCGUGAUCUCACUGGAAGAUGGGGCAAACUAGAGGGGGGGGGGGGUGAAGGGCCCUCUUGUCCUGUACGAUCCUAAGAAGGAAUGUGGGCCCCUGUCAUCCAAUGAAAGGCCAUUGUCCCAUUAAUCUCGUCUCACUGGGCUCUGCUCCUGCUGGUUUGAGUUUUCCCAUCAGUUCAAGCAGAGAAGGAGGUGCUACAAAAACUGGAAAUCUGAUAUCUGGAUGGGGAUUUGUCAGCAAACCAGCCAGCAUCCGUGGAGAAGGAGACAGCUCAACGUUUCCCAGGAGGUUGCCUUCUCAUCAGGACCAGAAAAAGUUAGAAAUGUGCCCUUAACUCGGUCCGAACGAGUGCCUUCUUCUGUGAAUCUAAAUUAGCUUUGAAGUUCAGGAUGACAGAGGAGGGGGUAGGCUCCUAGUUAUGGUAAUUGCCCUGAAAAUCCCUGUGGACAUCAUUCUCGGACAACCUUCCGCAAAAGGAAGGGAAGUAUUUGGAGCGGCUGCCUCUUUAGAACCGUCCGGCCAACGGUUCCACAGAGAGGAAAUUCCUUGGAGUCACGCGGUUGGAGAGCCCCCGUUAUCCACGAUGCGAAGCACCAAGCUUCGUUCUACAGUGCAGUCACCUGACCCACCAUGCGGCUCUGUCCAAGCACACGGCCAAUGUUACAGCAACAAACAAACUGCUGGAGGAACUCAGCGGGUCAGGCAGCAUCUGAGGAGGGAAGUGGACAGUCGACGUUUCAAAGGUUCUCGACCCGCUGAGUUCCUCCAGUAGUUUGCUUUUUGCUCCAGAUUUCAGACUCUGCAGAGCCUUGUAUCGCCAGUGUUACGGUAUCUGAUUUACCUUCAUAGUUGGCUGAGAGAGAGGAAGGGUUUCAUUCCCCAGGGUGGGGUGGAAAACAAAGAAUCCCAGAACUCUAUUGCCAUCCAUGCAGCUGAAACAACACACAGAAAUCUAUUUUUAAACCUAUUUUAUUCACCAGAAUGUUUGCAUCCCCUUUAAAACUGUGACACAAACCUUCCAGGGAUUGAAAACUGCCUUGAAACACCCCCUGUUCCCCCCCUCUCCUGCCAACAUCAUGUAACCUGUUCAAGCCAUCUCAUUUCAUUAUUGUACGACCUCUCUUAGUGUGGCCAAUGUUUACAACGUGAUGUAUUAAUAAAUUAACAACUGUGCUUCAA